AUGACAAAUUUUGUGACUCCCACGGUAUUAUUUACAGAGAUUAGGAGAGGAGGAAUGCUAAUCACUACUGAAUGUGGAUUUCGGAGUGGAGGAAAUGCAUCUACUACCACAACUGUGAUCGACAGCAAAAAUGGAUCCGUGCCCAAAUCCCCUGGAAAAGUGCUGAAGAGGACGGUCACAGAGGACAUAGUGACAACAUUCAGCUCCCCAGCAGCCUGGCUUCUGGUCAUUGCUCUGAUAAUCACAUGGUCAGCUGUUGCUGUUGUUAUGUUUGACCUGGUGGAUUAUAAAAACUUUUCAGCGAGCUCUCUUUCCAAGAUUGGCUCAGAUCCUCUAAAACUUGUGCACGAUGCUGUGGAAGAAACCACAGACUGGGUCUAUGGCUUCUUUUCUUUGUUGUCUGACAUCAUCUCGUCUGAGGGUGAUGAAGAAGAUGAUGAUGAUGGGGAUGAGGACGCUGAUAAAGGAGAAAUAGAAGAGCCUCCCUUGAAACAAAAAGAAAUACACAAAGAUAAGACUGAAAAGCAGGAGAAACCUGAAAGGAAAAUACUAACUAAAGUUGCACACCGAGAAAAAGAAAAAGUAAAAGAAAAAGAAAAAUCUGAAAAAAAAGCAACUCACAAGGAAAAAAUUGAGAAAAAAGAAAAAGAAAAAACAGAAACAAAGAAAGAAGAGAGGAAAGCCAAGGCUGAAGAGAAGAUUAAAAAGGAAGUGAAAGGUGGGAAACAAGAGAAAGUGAAGCCAACAGCUACAAAAGUCAAAGAAGUACACAAAACUCCACCUAAACCCAAAGAGAAGGAGGGGAAAGAGACUGCGGCCGUGUCCAAGCAUGAACAGAAAGAUCAGUAUGCGUUCUGUCGAUAUAUGAUUGACAUGUUUGUCCAUGGGGAUUUAAAACCAGGCCAAAGCCCAGCCUUACCACCUCCAUUACGAACAGAACAAGUUUCCAGACCCACUCUGGCAUCACCUCCUCUGGAAGGCAAGGAGGAAGAGGAAAAGAAGAAAGCUGAGAAGAAAAUGACUUCUGAAACAAAAAAGAAAGAAAAAGAAGAUGUCAAAAAGAAAACGGAUAAGGACACUGCUGUGGAUGUGAAAAAAAAAGAUCCAGGGAAAGCUCCUGAAACCAAACAAGGGACUAUAAUAGUUGUGGCACAAGCAGCAUCUAAAAAAGAUGAAAAGAAGGAAGAUUCUAAGAAAACAAAAACCCCGGUAGAAGAACAUCCCAAGGGAAAAAAACAGGAAAAGAAAGAAAAACAUGUGGAACCAGCAAAGUCAUCAAAGAAGGAACAUUCAGCUCCAAGUGAAAAACAAGUAAAAGCAAAAACUGAACGAGCCAAAGAAGAGACCAGUGCUGCCUCAACUAAAAAAGCUGUACCUGGUAAGAAGGAAGAGAAAACAACCAAGACAGUGGAGCAAGAAAUUAGAAAAGAAAAAUCCAUGAAGACGUCUUCAGUUUUGAAGGAUAAAGAGCAUAUUAAAGGGAAAGAAGUGAAGGUUCCAGUUUCCCUUAAGGAAAAAGAAUCUGAAAUUAAAAAAGAUGAAAAGAUGCUCAAAGCAGGCAAAGAAGUCAAGCCUAGGACUCCACAGCCACAAGUAAAAAAGGAAGAGAAACCAGAGUCACAAGUUAAAAAGGAAGCAAAAUCAGAACAAGACAUAGCAAAACCAGAAAAGACUGUUUCUCAUGCAAAACCAGGUAUUAUGCAGGUGGUAUCCAUACUAUGUUUCUCUUUGUUCCAGUUUCAACAGGAUGAAGAGCUUAAUGUGUAACCUAAAGUUUUUCAGAUGAUUCGUGUCUUAAGCCAUCCAACUUCUAGAACAUCUCCAAUUUUAGUCAUCUUCACAAUGUGUUUUAACUGA